AUGGCAGGAGGAGGGACUGGUGUUGAUCUCACCAGGAAGUUUGUUUCAGAAGCGGAGCUAGAUGAAAGGAGGAAAAAAAGACAGGAGGAGUGGGAAAAAGUUAGGAAGCCUGAGGAUCCUCAGCAGGUCCCUGAGGAGGAGUAUGACUCCCGUUCUCUCUUUGAGCGUCUGAAAGAGCAGAGAGACAAGAAGCAAGAGGAAUUUGAGGAGCAAUUUAAAUUCAAGAACAUGGUAAGGGGAUUGGACGAUGAUGAGACCAGCUUCCUGGAUGAGGUUUCCCGGCAACAGUGCAUGGUAGAGAAGCAACGCAGGGAUGAAGAGAAACAGGAACUGUUGGAAUACAGAAGUGCUGUAGCGAAGCAAGUGUCCUCAGACAGCCGCCCAGAAUCUGAGAAGAAAGUAACAGCUAAACAAUCUGUGGUGGAGCAAAGGACCAGUCAUUUGUCUCAAGCCCAUUUACUGGCUGGUGCUGUCAAAAGACGCAGUUCUUCCCAGUCAUCAGACAGCAGUAAGAAACAAAAGGUGGAAAGUGGAGAACAAGGAAACGAAAACAGACACACAGAACAGGAGGGAGGAGGAGAUCGAAGAUCAGGGGGAGCUGAUAAUCACCAAACUGUCCUGGGCCUGACACCCAAGAACCCGUCGCCCCCUGUUAAUUCUAGCCCAGCCAUGCUUCACCUCCCUUCGGCGGCGGUGUGCAUCGGCGUCCUACCGGGCCUCUGCGAUUAUUCUGGAAGCAGCGACUCUGACAGCAGCUCGGACAGUGAAGGUAGCGUGGAUGCAAUCAUGUUGCCAUACCCACGGCACAGCAAAGCCUAUAGAUAG